CGGUCCCCUCCGCCCCGCUCCGGCCCUUCCGCGGGCGCGCGCUUACUGGCGGGGCCGCUGCGCCGUAGUUCUCAGGCAGCGGCGCCCGGGCUCAGGUUCCCUGCGCACCGCGCCACGGUCCCGCCCGCAACUCUGCCCGCUUGGGGAUGAGGGUCUUGGGUGGGCGCUGCGGGGCGCUGCUGGCAUGCCUCGCCCUAGUGCUUCCCGUCUCAGAGGCAAACUUUUUGGCAAAGCAACAUGCUUCACAAGUCCUGGUUAGGAAACGUCGUGCAAAUUCCAUGUUUGAAGAAACCAAAGAGGGUAAUCUUGAAAGAGAAUGCAUUGAAGAACUAUGCAAUAAAGAAGAAGCCAGGGAGAUCUUUGAGAAUAACCCUGAAACAGAAUAUUUUUAUCCAAAAUACUUAGGGUGUCUGGGCUCUCACCGAGCUGGAUUAUUCACUGCUGCACGUCUGUCAACUAAUACUUACCCAGACCUAAGGAGCUGUGUCAAUGCCAUUCCAGACCAGUGUAAACCUCUGCCAUGCAAUGAAGAAGGGUAUAUGAGCUGCAAAGAUGGCCAAGCUAAGUUCACUUGCCUUUGUAAACUGGGUUGGCAAGGACAGAAGUGUGAAUUUGAUAUAAAUGAAUGCAAAGACCCCUCAAAUGUAAAUGGAGGUUGCAGCCAGAUUUGUGAUAAUACACCUGGAAGUUACCACUGUUCUUGCAAAAGUGGUUAUUCUAUGCUUUCAAAUAAAAAGGACUGCAAAGAUGUGGAUGAAUGCCUCACAAAGCCAAGCAUUUGUGGCACAGCUGUAUGCAAGAACAUCCCAGGAAACUAUGAAUGUGUAUGUGCUGAAGGCUACAGAUACAAUUCCAUUUCAAAGUCUUGUGAAGACGUGGAUGAAUGCUCUGAGAACAUAUGUGCUCAGCUGUGUGUCAAUUACCCUGGAGGUUACUCAUGUUAUUGUGAUGGGAAGAAAGGAUUCAAACUUGCACAAGAUCAGAAGAGUUGUGAGGCUGUUCCAGUGUGCCUUCCCUUGAACCUUGACAAAAAUUUUGAAUUACUUUACUUGGCAGAGCAGUUUGUAGGGGUUGUUUUAUAUUUAAAAUUUCGUUUGCCGGAAAUCACCAGAUUUUCAGCUGAAUUUGAUUUCCGGACAUAUGAUUCAGAAGGUGUUAUCCUGUAUGCAGAAUCUCUUGAUCACUCAGCUUGGUUUCUAAUUGCACUUCGUAAUGGAAAGAUCGAAAUUCAGUUUAAGAAUGAAUAUACAACCAAAGUCACAACUGGAGGAAAAGUUAUUAAUGAUGGUCUAUGGAAUACGGUCUCUGUGGAAGAAUUAGAACAGAGUAUUAGUGUAAAAAUAGCUAAAGAAGCUAUAAUGAACAUAAAUAAACCUGGAAGCCUUUUUAAGCCUACAAAUGGAUUUCUAGAAACCAAAGUAUAUUUUGCAGGAUUUCCUUCGAAAGUGGAGAAUGCACUCAUUAGACCGAUUAACCCUCGUCUAGAUGGAUGUAUACGAGGCUGGAAUUUGAUGAAUCAAGGAGCUUCAGGAGUACAGGAAAUCAUUCAAGAAAAGCAAAAUAAGCAUUGUCUUGUCACUGUGGAAAAAGGUUCCUACUAUCCUGGUUCCGGAGUUGCUCAGUUUGGCAUAGAUUACUAUAAUGUAUCCAAUACUGAGGGUUGGCAAGUAAAUGUGUCCAUGGAUAUCCGCCCAUCCGCGGGCACCGGGGUUCUGUUUGCCUUGGUUUCCGGUAGCACGGUGCCCUUUGCCUUGUCCCUGGUGGACUCCGCCUCGCAAAAUCUUCAGGAUAUCCUGGUAUCUGUUGAAAAUAUGGUAAUAUCUCGGAUAGAGGCCAUAUAUCUGUGUACAGAUCAGCAAUUCCACCUGGAAUUCAAAGUCAGCAGAAACAAUCUGGAGCUCUUGACUCCAUUUGAAAAACAUACUGUCUACUCAGAAGACCUUCAAAGACAGCUUGCCAUCUUGGACAAAGCAAUGAAAGGAACAGUGACCACUUACCUGGGUGGGCUUCCAGAUGUUCCAUUCAGUGCCACACCAGUGAAUGCCUUUUAUAAUGGCUGUAUGGAAGUGAACAUUAACAGUGUACAGUUGGAUCUGGAUGAAGCCAUUUCUAAACAUAAUGAUAUUAGAGCUCACUCAUGUCCAUCGAUCUGGAAAAACACAAACGAUUAUUAAGGAAUUUUUCUCUGCUAAUAAUACCUUUUUUCCUGUGUGUAAUUAUAUAGUUCUGUUUCAAUAGCUGAAGGGUUUUAUCUGUAAUGUGCAGACUUUGAUUAUUUUGUGGUACUUUCACCUUCCUGGAAUUUUUAAAAUGCCUUUUUUCAGAAAACAAGAUUCUCUUAUGAUAUGAAUCAUAUUAAAAAAUCAUUACUUCUGUUGCUGCCUAGAAAUUACAUAAUGAAACACAGAAUUUUUUAGUUUGACUUUUUUGGCCACAAAUGAUAUUUCUUCAUUUUUAUAUUUGUAAAAGUAGAAUUUAAUUUUACCAUCAUGAACUCGUAUUUAAAUAUCUAUUUUUCUGGGAAGGUAAGGAACAAACAGAAGUACAUAUGACUAAUACUAUUGAUCAUAGCAGAUAACCAUUUUAUUUGUUUUUGUUCUUUGUUCUUUCCUAAUGAAGGCAUCAGUGGUCUAUUAAGAAUGAAUUGAAUGGAAGGCUUUAUUUCCUCAGGGCGACCAGUUUUGGCUUUAUCUUGCUUUCACCUAGCUUGUUUGAAUUAGAAAACAAGUAGAACGAAUUUUCAUGAGGGCAGCACAUGAAUCUUGUUGGUUAUCAAUUGGAUUUUAUGAGGAUGAGAUUCUGACUUGUGUUGGAAUGGGUGUGGAACCUGGGAUGGCAUCAUUUCUUAAAUUUGGCUGUGUGGGUCAUGCAUGCUCUAGAAUUGAAAAGGCAGAACCUAGUGUUGGAAAGAAUGAAUCAGAGAAUGAAUACUGUGGAAGUUCAUAGUUUUCCUUGAAUUCAACUUUAGACACCAUUGAAAGUUACCAGAAGUAAUUAUUGAAAGACAAAAGGCACCAGGAAAACUACUGAAGAUUUUAGUGAGAGGAUAACCACAGAGGGGCAUAGUUAAUACUGUGUCUGUAAUCUUGUGGUUUGAGGAGAGGAGGUAUGAUUUCUGUGGUCUUGUUGGUAAUACAUUUCAAGUGGCAGUUUUAUUGCCCCCAAAUUUAACUAUUCACGUUAGGUGUGUAUCAGAUGUUUCACUGACAGUUUUAGAAAAUGAACUUUUUCCCACUAUAGAUAUUUUAUAUUGUGUAAAACCUAACAAAUCGGUGUUAUUUGAAAAAUUUUAUGAAUUACAAUAUCUAUAUCCUAUCAACUCUUUGACUAGAACAUAAAAUCACAGAAUAUACUUGAACUCUUCUUGAGUUGGAAGAUAAUAAAGCUCAAACAUUUGA